AAUCGUACAAAACCGGAAAGCGGCAAACAAAGCCACCGGCGUGCUAAGUUUGAGCGUCUCUGUUGUGUGUUUGGUGUGACAUGUUCCGCAUUACAUUUAAUAGUUAAAAAGAAUAUACACUGGCUGGGACAUUAAAGGACAUAUUGUUUGCUUGUUGUUGCUGGAAUUGAUUACUGAUUACUAAUCCCAGAACAAUGCCAGCAUCACACUUCGGCUGGUCCAAUCGUGCUCAGGUGUUUCAAGUUUUUGGCAAUAAACGUAAACAUGAGUGGACUGAAGCAGGUGACAGAGAAUUGCAGAUGGAGGCGUCUUCUAAGCGACAAUGUCCUGAACCUACAGAAUGUGGAGAUGCCAUGAAUGAAAUGUUGGAGAUUAAUCAUAACUCAAUCCUGCCCACAGAUGCACCUGAACAGGAUACAGCACUUACAGAAUGUGCAACCUUGAGUCAGGAGCAAAUACACCAACUACAGCAGGCCCAACUUCAACAAAUUCAAGAGCAGCAACAACAACAGUAUAUGCAGCAACAACAGCAGCAACAUUUUCAGUCACUGCAGAUGCAGCAGCAACAUCAGGCACAGCAGAUGCAGGAAACGUUCAACCCAGAAAUACAGCAGCAACAGCAGCCUCAGCCGUUAGACCCCCAGUCUAACAACACAAUGGUAAUGGACCUUUGUGAUGAGACAUACUCCACCCCACAGUUGGACAGAGAAACACAGUCAAUGUACAGCAACAUGGACUCCGACUUUGUGCCAAAUCUGCAGCAAUAUGGGUUAGCAUUUUGUGGAGACAAGUGUUUGUAAGUUAUGGUGGAGAAUGGAACCCAGCAUCAGGGAGAAUCCGGUGCUACUGCAAGCAGUCAUGGGAAGGAUUGAUGGAAAUGAGACCCUAUGUGUCUGACUACUACUAAACACACCUCACAAGUCACCUAUUGUACCUUCAAUGUCACGCCAAUCUUUGUGUGUUUCACUCAAAACUGUCCACCAAGUGCAAAUUUAGGCCAGGCCACUAUUUUCACUUGUUCUAUUUCAUUAUUCCUGUCUGCGUGUCACAAAAAGUAACAAGGUUUGAAAAGUAAAGGUUAGAAAUGGAUAAGAUGUUCUACAGAUUGCAACAUUUCAUUUUCAUGUCAAUGUUCAUAGUCUUUUUACCUGAUUUAACAUGGAAAAUGUCUAGUCUCUCUUUGAUAGUCUGUUGCAUUAAUUGAUAUGGCUGAAAUAUUGCCGAUGUGACGCUAAAUAUUAACUCACUCACUCACUGUUGCAUUAAUUGUUAACCUAAAGAAUGUACUUUACAUAUUGUGACCCUUCUGAGGGCAGAUAGGUUUAAUGUGUUCAAUACUGGAUAUCUUUCAACUGAUACAAGUCAAUGAUGUACAAAUAGACAGCUGAUAAGUAAUGAAUCUUCAUUAGAGGCACAGUUUAUUCAUACAAGAGCUGGUUUCACUGUUGUGUCAGCCCAUGACAGAUACUUGGAAGUAUUGAAAUAGAAACUUUCAUGGAAUGACUGAUAAUUGCCCUGUUUCAAGCAUAGAAAAUUCAAAGAGUUAAAUAUUUCGUCAUAGAAUCUCAUACUGAAACAACUUUUGGUUUCAACAAGUUAUUUUUGUUGCAAUAUAUUUUACAGUUGGUUAGUUGUACAACUGCAAACUAUAUGUUUUUGAUUCCUCAACAGAAUUCACAUAUUUUUUUCAAGAAAGUCUCAACAUAUAUCACAUAUUUCUUCAAGAAAGUCGUAUUUUGUAAAUGUCCUGGUAUACAAAUUGAAUCUUACCAGUAUACUAUUUCUUCUUUUGAAUCUCCAUGCACCAUUUUUGCAUGAUUACAAAAUGAACAAGUCCAUUAAUUUUACAUAUUUUCCACUGACCAAUGGGUCAUGAAUUGACCUGCGUGUUUGCUAUUGUUAGCUACAUUGUGAUCAUGUAUAGUGUUAUGGCUUUCAUAUCAAUGUUAGUGCCUUACUUGUUGACAUAAUCAUAGAUCCUUCACAGAACCUGUCAUCCCUCUACAUCGCCAGGGUUGCAUUUCAGUAAACCUACACUAAACCCUGGAUUAGACCCUGUAAAGCUCGCAAUUUCAAAUUACCUGCCCUUGAAUUUCAUUUACAUUAUACUGGCCAUUCAUAUUUUGAGAUAAAGACAAAGGCAAUGUUUUAGGGAGGACUUGGCACCACCAGUUUUAAUGAAUAUGAAGCAGAGGCCCAGAUAAGCUGCGUAUCUGGGUAAAAUAUGCAUAGAACAUUUCCAAUUACGCAUUGAAAAAUAAUUGUUGCGUACCAAU